GGUGUGAAUCUUUGGAUGAAGAAGAUUUUCAAGAAACAAUUGACUUAAAGAAUAAAUUAGAUGGCAGACUCGAGGUUAUUAUGAACAUUUGUCAAAGUCAAGCAUGGGGAGCAGAUUUCAGGGCAGAUGUAAUGACAUAUCCAAAAUAUAAUGAUGAUGUUAAACACUCAGAUCUGGCUGGUGGAGAUAUGAGACAUCUCGGCAACUGUCAGGUAUGCAACAGAGAAGGUCACCCUUGGUCAGUAAUAGUUAAACUAGAGGGUGAACCCUAUGACAGGGAAUCAUAUCAGAUGAAAAUGAAGGAAGAAGGGGACUCAACUCUUGAACUACCACCUGUGGAGUAUUACAUGGGCUGUUUCUGUCAUCCAAGAACCAAACUGUUCCAUAAUCUCUACCAUUUUGGUCAUAACAUUUAUCAUAAAUGCAAGGAAUUGUUGGAGGAAUAUGACGACAAUGAUGAGAAAAAAAUUGAUAAAGUGGCAACAGAUCCAUCCUUGUUCAAGGAGAUGUCUUCCAAAUUGAAGAAGUAUAUGAAAGAGGCAGAGGAAGAUUAUCUGACUGCGGAUGGGGAGCGAGGAAACAGUAAAUGGACGCGAGAAUAUAAUUGAAGAUCAUGCAGUGAUGUUGCUGUGUUUAUAAAUUAUCUCGAAAAAUAUGGCGUCUUACUGACAAUGUGGGGCCAGUAGGGGACUUAUAUAUUGCUUGCAACAUCAGUGACAUGUGGUUCUUUAAUACAUAUUUUAUAAAGUUAAUAUUUUUUGUUAUGGAAUGAAAUGUUUCAUAUAGAAGUUGUUGGAUUUGAGUAUUUAUUAAACAAUUCAUUUUAUAGUAAGAUAUAUAGUUUAAGAUAUUAAAAGUAUUUAUCUGCUGCCAUAUUGUUUUUUGAAGUUUAUUUUUGACAGAUUAAUGGGUACAUGUAUUUUGCAUAUUUGUUUGGGAGUUAUUUUUGCUUUGGACAGAUGAUGUUCAUGUCUACUUCGAGAUGGAAUUUAAAACUAAAGUUCUAGUCCAAGUUUUAAAAUGUCUGCAUGUUACGCAGCAUGUUUACGAGGUCAUAAUUUUACAAUGUGUGAUGGGUUACGUACAGUUACUGUGUAUGGCAAUUGUCACUUCUUUACAAGUUGAGCAAUAAAUAAUUAUAAAAAUAAUCAUCAUUAAAUUAAUAAUUAUAUGCCAUCAUAAAUCUGUAGUAGAAUAAAAAUGGUUAGUUUAAUCUUAAGUUUGUAUAGACAAAAGUUUGUAUAGAUGAAAGUUUGUAUAGAUAAACUUUGGUAUAGAUAAAAACUGUCCAGGAUAUACUCAGUGCUCUAUUUUUUAUCAGGUAAAUUAUUUUAGGGCAUUUUUUACAGGGUACUCAUUCUAAAAAUAGUCCAGAUAGAGUUUUAGGGUUCAUUCAAUUUUGAAAAAUGGAAUGAAUUUCAAUGUUUUAAUAUCUGUCAUUUGCUAAGAAGUAUUUUCAAUGUUUGAAAAAUUAAUUAACCCAAUCGUGUGGAGAAACCUGUACAUGUAUGUUGCUUUUAUGUAUGUAACUAUAUUUGAUGUAUUUGUUAAGGAUUUAAGAAAUUUAGAUCAAAGUAUUUUUUUAGAAGACUUUAGUACUUGAACUGCAUGCCCAUAUUCAUUGAAUAUUAAACCCACCAAAAUUGUGUUUGUACAUUUAAAGAAGAUUUGAUGUUAAAAUAUUUUGUUAUGUGAAAUUCAUGUUAAAUGAGCCGCGCAAUUACAAAACCAACAUAAUGGGUUUGCGACCAGCAUGGAUCCAGACCAGCCUGCGCAUCCGCGCAGUCUGAUCAAGAUCCAUGCUGUUCGCUUACAUACUCUAUAACAAGUAGAGAAACUGAUAGCAAACAGCAUGGAUCCUGAUCAGUAUGCACGGAUGGGCAGUCUGGUCUUGAUCAAACCCAUUAUGUUGGUUUUGCCGUGACGCGGCUCAAAUGUUUUAUUAUGUGCUUUAGUUACACAUGUAGAUAGGUGUCAAAAUAUUGUAUGUAGAAUUUUUAUUAUGGCACAUAAUAUGUAUGACACAAUUUUAAAUGCAGAUCUCUUUGUAUAUAACUGUAUACUUGUCCAUCUGUCAAAAUUACAUCUAAUGAAAUCUCUAUAAUUUGAACCAAGUUCAAAUAUUAUAGUUGUCAGGACUGCAUGAGUUUUAUUAUGUCAUUUUAAUGGUGUCAAAAAAUUCGUAAGAUAAUAUGAUUAUCAAUCAUUGUAAGUACAUGUAGUAUUUCAUUGUUGUUGUUGUUUCUAGGUUGAGCAGCAGUUUGCUACAGCAUUAACCUUUCUUUAACACUAAGCCUGGAUCUUUAUUUUUUUCCAAAUUGAAGCUAUCCAGCUACUUUACAGAACAUUGGUGUUCUCCUCAGGUGCCAGUUUGUGCUUGAAAUAAUGCACGGAAAUUGCACCUGAGGUCUUCCUCCAACAGUAAAGCUAAUAAGUCGCCAUAUGACCUAUACUGUGUUGGUGCGACAUAAAACCCAACCAAAACACAUACAAAAUAAACUUGUAUAUAUUCAGCUGCCAUAAUGUAUUGUAACCAUUUGUGUUUUUGUCAGUGAUAUGUUUUGGUGAUAUUACAUACGAACAUCUGUUAAAUGAGCCGCGUCAUGACAAAACUAACAUAAUGGGUUUGCGACCAGCAUGGAUCCAGACCAGCCUGCGCAUCCGCGCAGUCUGAUCAGGAUCCACGCUGUUUGCUAUCAGUUUCUCUACUUGUUAUAGAGUUUGUAAGCGAACAGCAUGAAUCCUGAUCAGACUGCGCGGAUGGUCUUGAUCCAUGCUGGUCGCAAACCCACUAUGUUGUUUGUCGUGAAGCGGCUCAAAUAAAGAAUUAAGUCCACACGGUUCAUUACACUAUUAAUGUAAAGAAAAUUAGCAUGUCAAACGUUAAUUUUGUGAUUUUAUUGUGCAAUCAUUUCAUUGUAGUAUUUAUUCUUUAAUAUAUUAUUAACUAGCGGAAAAUUAGUUUUAAAAAAUUGUUUUAAAGUUUUUUUUAAAAAAUCAUGUUUAAAGUUUAAGAAAGUGUUAAAAUAUGUUUUACAUUUUAGCUUUUAAAGCUGCAUGCCUCCAGAUGAAUAAAAAUAUUUCAAGAAAUUCAAACUUGAGAAAAAGUACUUUGAUUUAUAAGAACAAUAAAAAAUAUUCAAGACUUAAGUAAUAGUUUCCAUGUAAUCGGCGAUUUGUGAUCGAUUUUGCAGUAGUUUUGACCAUAUUUUUACUGCGUUACUAACGCAGUAAAGGCUAUUUUUGCAUAUUUUGAUCUCUUUUUUGCUGAUUUACAUGGGUUGUAAGUGCUGUAUCCAACGUGAAAAUUAUUUUCUUUGUUCACUUGACAAUAUUUUACUUUUUAAAACAUUUUCAAAAUUUUCAUGAAAAUU